AUGAUGAUACUGCGCAGAAUCAGAAAGGCGCACUUCAGCAUGGACGUCAAUGUAUCCAACCUGCUGAGGAAAAAGGCAAUCCUGUUCGAAAAUGUCAAAAGGGAGAAUUGCAAAAAGGAAUUAAUUUUGGAUUAUUUUGAUAUAAAAGGAGUCAAGCUGAAAAAAAAUGACAUCCACAUUAUGACCAACAUUUUGUGUAGACCGACUGGUAGGAUAAUGAUUUUGACGGACAGUAUGAAGAAGCAGAAUUUUAACUUCGAUUUUGGGUCCCUCUCUGGGGGGAGAGAAAACUUACCGUUGGAUGAAAAAAGAGCGAGCCUUGAAUCUGGCGAAGAUUCGGGUGACUCCCCGAACAGUGACAACUGCAAUGGUGCCAACCAAGUGGGGGCCAACUCGAGUGUCCAGAUGGGAGGACGCGACCAAGUAAGCGCUGCGCAGGCGAAUGGCGAAGCGGAGGAAGAAUCAAAAGAAGCAAACGCAGAAGAAGCAGACGCAGAAGAAGCAGACGCAGAAGAAGCAGACGCAGAAGAAGCAGACGCAGAAGAAGCAGACGCAGAAGAAGCAGACGCAGAAGAAGCAGACGCAGAAGAAGCAGACGCAGAAGAAGCAGACGCAGAAGAAGCAGACGCAGAAGAACAUCCCCGCACCAACGUGUGGAACAAAAAGCUGAAAAACCUAUUCAAGGAAUGCAAAAUUCACCUAUGCGAUGAUUUCGAAAUAGAAAAAUUUGUGGAAGAGUGCGAACGGUUUUUGCGCUUUACGGAAGACAUCAAAAGAGUGGCAAGGUUUGAAAAUCUGGACAAAAUAAUUACCAUUAUAAAUAUUCCCAAUUGUUAUGGAAGAAAAGAAUUGGCGCAAAUUAUUUACGACUGUGCCAGGAUUAAUGUAAAAUUAAAAAACAUCAUUUUCAGAUUUAAAAAAAAUGGCAUACAAUCUGACUGUGCCUAUGUCCUCUGCGAUAGUGUAAAUGAUGGAAAUAUUUUGGUUAACAAAAUGCAGGAAUAUCCCGUUGCUAAAAAAUAUCAUUUGCGAGAAUUUUUUGGAACUUCUUUUUUGUAUGCGUCCAAAAGUAACCUUUUUCUCAGCUCUGAAAAGCUGGAUUAUGUGACCAUUUUUUCAAAGUAUAAAAUAUUCACCUGCGGAUGGCAUAAGGAUAUUUCCAUAAAGGAGUUUGAAAGCUUUCUCAUCACUCUUAAAAUAUUUCCCAAGAAGAUUGUAAAAAUUGACCAUCGCAGGGGGGGCGGCGCUAGGUCAGCCCGGCAGGAGCACCCCGCAGGCAACGCAGCACACCACUCGGAGGACCACCCAGACUGCGAGCACCAACUGAGCCCCGUGGAUCCCCAUCACAUUCUGAUAAGCAUCGACGAGGUGGACUCCGCCGAGGCCGACGCGGACCGCACUGGCGACCCGCAGGACGCCAACACAGCCUCGUUUAUUUUAUUUUUCGAAAACAUGCGAAUGACAAAAAAGGUUUUCACCAAACUGGAGAGGCUGAAAAAGAAGUGGAAAAUAUCGGCAUCCAAGAACUUCUACGCAUACCCCAAGACGCCGGACAUCCACUUCAACGAUGACGAAGACUAUGACGACGAAAACGAGUACGAGGACUCCGAUUUGGAUGAAGAAAUAGAAUAUUAA